AUUUAUUUAUUUAUUUAUUUAUUGCUGAUGAUCAGAUCAGGUGAUCAAACAGACCACAUCACAAUCCGGACCUGGGCCACUCCAGGUCCUCUAUACAUCCUCUAAAAAAGAAUAAACAGGAUACUUUAAUCAAGCUAGAGCUUAUUGCAUAACGUAAUCUUUUAUAUUUUUGUUUCAUUUCAAAGUAUUUUAUAUAAAUUACUUUAACAAACAUCUCAAAGGCAGCUGACAAAGUUGAAAAGUGAAGGUUUCUGUUCAAACCAAAGAUUUAUCCGCUAGGCGGCGCUGUGGCGCCAAGACGUUAAACCGAACCAAUCAUUCCGCAGCAGCAGCAUACGCGGAACUUCCGGUUUGUUUUCGGAUUUGUUUUAUAGCGAUUUUGUUACUGAUGAACAGGUGAUCAUGUCGGCUGCUGAGGACGACACGGAGCUGAGGGAUCUGCUGAUCCAGAACCUGGAGAACAGCGGAGUUCUGAACAAGCUGAAGGCAGAGAUGAGGGCAGCUGUGUUUUUGGCCAUGGAGGACCAGGACAGACUGGAGAACAAAACUCCACUCGUCAAUGAAAAGCUGAAAAAAUGUCUGAACACUAAAGAUGGUCGUCUGGUGGCCAGUCUGAUCGUAGACUUCCUGCAAGUCUUUAACCUGGACUUCAGCCUCGCCGUGUUCCAGCCGGAGAUCAACUUGCUGAGUGGUCUGGACAGCCGGGACCAGGUCAGCAGGGAACUGGGUCUGCCCGACUUGGAGCUGAAUAAAAACACCCCGCUGCUGCUGGAGCUGGUCCGAAGAGGAUGGCGCGGAGACAAACCGAAUGUCCCCUCAGAGCAGGGGGGCAGAACUGGAAUCAUCUUGAAGGUGGGUCAGGACUCGGAGCCCAGUCAAUCUCAGAACCAGGUUCCUGAAGACAAAGCAGGCUCUCCUGCUGUCAGUAAGAUCCCCAGGUACAAAGGCCCGAGGACUCAGACAGGUCUGAAGGAGCCGGAGCGAGGCUUCUCUCCGGAGAAAGACCCUCAGCGUCAAACCUGCUCCUCCUCCUCGGCGCUGAGGAAGGACCUGAAGCUGGACCUGGACCUGGACGAGGAGGAAGACCACGAUGAAGGAGACUCGUUCUUCGACGACCCGCUGCCCAAUCCGCAGAAGACGUACGGCUGUCAGAACCCCGCGCUCAGAGACGAGCCGUCGUCAGAGAGGACACGUGGACCGAAGCACCUUGUCCCUCAGAGGGAAGACAGUCCACCUGGUCCGCUCGUCCCCACAAUAAGACGAGGCAAAAGCCUCAGCGAUCUGUCUGUGCUGGCUGGAGACCCGGACCGAGACGAUCCUGGUUCUGAACCCAGCUCAGAGCUCAGGAAGUUGGAGGCGUCCGGGACCAGAGGGAGUCCGGUGGGGUUCCUGACAGAGGACCGGGGACCAGGAGGAGGGAGCUGGUCUGAGCCGAGCCGCAGCAGAAACGGAGGUGAAGUCCUGAAAGGUCCGAGCGACAGAGCCGGGUCUCUAGCUUUAGACGAUGACGUGGAGUACGACGACGACUUCAACAGUCACCGGUCGGACCUCUCGAACGGCGAGCCGAGCAUCGGCGAGGAGAUCGAGGACGUUUCCAUCGAAGGUCCUGAAAACAGCAACAAGCUGGAUGAAACCACGCAGGACCUGAGCGUCUCUCAGCUCAGUCAGAAUCACGAAGCUGACUACAUGGAGGACGUGCCCUGAAUCUCCCAUCAUGCACCUCUUUAGAUCUGUACAUUUGUAUUGAACCAAUAAACGGACUUGUUUUACGUUGA